UCAGAAACAUGGCCGCUGUUACAGUAUUUCUUCACUGAAGACACAGAGACAGAUAUUCCCAAGACAAACUGGUAGGGCGCAGUGCCGUACCAAGUAGUGCUUAGUACUCUGUCAUGAGGGCUCUUCCCUGCGAUGUGUAUUACCUGCUGAUGCUGGCAGUGCUUCUAUAGCAGCCGCCCCGAGGAGGGAUAAUGAGGCGAUCAGGAAGGAGUUGCCGUUUCCAAGAGCCUGUCUGGGAUCACUGACGGCUUCGUGUGCAGACUCGAUGCACAUUUCGCCGGCAGUGGGGCUCGUAUCACAGAAUGUGUUUGAGAACUUUGGGCCAUGACCAUGAGGAAGACGGGGGCCGCUGAAGACUCCAUGUUUUACCGAUAGCUUUGCCCUGAUGAUGAGAGCUAUGCGGUCCUGGAUCUUGUGGAUCAUAUCUCUUCAGCUGCUGUUCUAUGGAGCACAGUCUGCAGACCACGAUGGAGUAGCAAAGCAUGCCAUAAAGUUGCAUCGUGGAAAGGGAGCCACCGCCAGCCAACGCAAGGAGUGGCUUCUGAACAACUGUAGGAAACUGUCUGGUCUCCUUCACCAGAAGCAUGUAGUCCUCAACAAACUGAAGAAUGCCAUCAGGGCGGUGGAGAAAGACCCUGCGCUGUCGCCUGCAGAGAAGCUGUUUCAGGUUCACACGUUUGAAAUUUUCCAGAAAGAGUUGAAUGAGAGCGAAAACUCUGUAUUUCAAGCUGUUCAUGGACUGAGGCGAGCUUUGCAAGGCGAUUACAAAGAUGUAGUCAACAUGAAGGAAAGUAGCAGGCAGCGUCUGGAAGCCUUAAGAGAAGCAGCCAUCAAGGAAGAGAAAGAAUAUGUGGAACUUCUGGCAGCUGAGAAGCAUCAAGUCGAAGCUCUGAAGAACAUACAGCACCAGAACAAGAGCCUUUCAAUCCUCGAUGCCAUCCUUGAGGAAGUCCGGAAAGCUGCGGAUCGGCUGGAAGAAGAAAUAGAAGACCACGCGUUUGAUGACAAUAAGUCUGUAAGAGGAGUAAAUGUAGAAGCUGUUCUAAGAGUGGAAGAAGAUGAUGUAAAAAGGAAUUCUUCCGAGCAUCAUGUGGAGGAUGAUUUGGGGCUCAGUAUGCUCAUUGAUUCUCAGAAUAACCAGUAUAUAUUGACAAAACCAAGAGAUUCGACCAUCCCCCGGGCUGACCACCACUUUAUCAAGGACAUUGUGACUAUUGUUAUGUUGUCGCUGCCCUGUGGAUGGAUGUGUACGAUAAUAGGACUGCCAACAAUGUUUGGCUACAUCAUUUGUGGAGUUCUUCUGGGGCCCUCUGGAUUAAAUAGCAUAAAGUCCAUUGUCCAAGUGGAGACCUUGGGGGAGUUUGGUGUCUUCUUUACUCUAUUUCUUGUUGGUUUGGAGUUCUCUCCUGAAAGGCUCAGAAAGGUAUGGAAAAUUGCUGUCCAAGGACCAUGCUUUAUGACAGUCCUUAUGAUUGCAUUUGGUUUGCUGUGGGGUCACUUCCUGCAGAUCAGACCAACACAGAGCGUCUUUAUUUCUACUUGCUUGUCUUUGUCAAGUACACCUUUAGUGUCCAGAUUCCUUGCCGGCGGGUCUCGUGGUGAUAAAGAUGGUGAGAUUGACUAUAGCAGCGUACUGCUUGGCAUGCUGGUGAUGCAAGAUGUUCAGCUCAGCUUGUUCAUUGCAGUUAUGCCAACGCUAAUGCAAGCAGGAGGCAACAAUUAUUCCAGUGCUGUCCUGGAAGCGUUUAGAAUUUUAGCCCUGAUCGGGCAAAUUCUGUUUUCCUUGGUGGCUGCUUUUCUCAUCUGCGUCAUAAUGAAGACCUAUCUGAUCGGUCCGUAUUAUCGCAAGCUGCAUACGGAAAGCAAGGGUAACAAGGAAAUUCUUGUCAUGGGGAUCUCUGCGUUUGUCUUUCUCAUGCUAACGCUGACAGAACUUCUGGAUGUGUCUAUGGAACUGGGGUGUUUCUUAGCUGGGGCUCUUGUAUCUUCUCAAGGGCACAUGGUCACAGAAGAAAUCAUGUCAUGCAUCGAGCCUAUACGAGAUUUCUUGGCUAUUAUUUUCUUUGCGUCUAUAGGGCUUCAUGUGUUUCCAACAUUCGUAAUUUAUGAGUUAACAAUCCUGUUGUCCCUGACGUUUUCACUGGUGAUAAUGAAGUUUGUCCUUGCUGUGCUUGUACUGUCAUUGAUUCUGCCCAAAAGCAGCCAGUACAUCAAAUGGAUUGUGUCUGCAGGUCUGGCGCAGGUCAGCGAGUUCUCCUUUGUUCUGGGCAGCAGAGCUCGCAGAGCAGGGAUCAUUUCCCGAGAGGUCUACUUACUCAUCCUGAGUGUGACAACAUUAAGCCUUUUGCUAGCACCUGCUCUUUGGAGAGUAGCUAUCACCAGGUACGUUCCAAGGCCAGAGAAACGAGUGAUCACCUGAGUAAAGCCUCUAUUGGAGACGAAUGGUGAAAGGACUGUUCCUUGUUCUUUUUCAAUGUCGUGCCCAUCUUCAGUGUAUUAGUAUACCUUCUCUCAUGGAAGAACUGUGCACGCCAGUGAGAUCUUAUUUUUCUUCCAGCACAAAAGAAAGCAGAACUGGUUUAGGUUGAUGCUUUCAAAAACCAUUGGAAAUGCUCACAAUUUCAGUUCUAGGCCAUGGCCCGUGACACUAU